AUGGCGUGCGCGACCCAAAACGCGCACAUUGGCCCGAACGGGCAGUUUUGUGACGCUUCGCCCGCUCUUUGUGCACGCCACAGCCGACUAUCUUUGCAUACACCUCUGCAAUGCGGAUGGCCCGGUCAACUAUAUAAGACCACCGUGGCCCAGUCUUCCUUGUCUUCAUUCCACAUUCUCUUCUUCUUUUUCAAAACAACUUUACACUCGCCACAUUAUACAUUCUUCCGCAACAUGAUCGCCCUCAACGCUUCGUCGCCUGUGUCGCAAACUGGGUGCCAGACUUUUGGCUGUCUCGAACAGGAAACCAACAACGACUUUGUCUUGGAUAAUGCGUUUGGGCAUCUUGUGGACCGCUUGCGCUCUCUUUUGGGAAGCUCAGGGCUUGCGUCCGAGGACGUGGACGUUGCUCAAGUCAAGAAAAUCAUGGAGGAGUAUACGCUGGACGAAAAGGACUGGGGCCGUUUUGCCUUGCGGGAUGCCACCAAGGGAUACACGCGGAACGGCAUUGUGAACAUCAACGGAAAUGCCAACCUUCUCAUUCUCGUGUGGACGCCCGGAAAGGGCAGCGCAGUGCACGACCACGCCAACGCCCAUUGCUGCAUGAAGGUGUUGAAGGGCCAGCUCACCGAGUCGUUGUAUGACGUUCCAGACCACGAAGGAGACGCCAUGACACCAAGACAGGUUUCGGUUUUGCACCGCGACGAGGUCGGGUACAUUUCCGACAAGAUUGGAUUGCAUCGCAUCAGUAAUGAGUCACCAAGCGAGUUUGCCGUGUCGCUUCACUUGUACACGCCGCCGUAUGCGGCGCUCUAUGGCUGUCUGAUGUACGAGACUGCAACGUCGAAGAAGCACCAUGUUAACAUGAGCCGGUACUAUAGCUGGCAAGGCACGGUGCUUAACCAGAAAGGAGCGUCAACGUGUUAG